AUGAAUCGGUUCAGAAACCGCAAGAAACGUGGCGAUGGCCCUGAUCUAUCUGACGCUCCUCCACUCCCUAUCUUCUCCAAGCCGUUCUUCAAGCGGAAGCCCGAACCAGAACAGCCUCCCAAGAUAGACCUGGCAACCGCCCUGCCCACAGAGAAUGACUUCAGGACCAGUCUUCUGAUGCCGAAUCUAUCGGCAAGAUUUAGCAUGCUACGCGAGCAGGACGACCCUAAUUCGAAGAUCGGAAAGGCAAACGACGAUAGCGUCUUGUUCCCAAAGAGGGCGUCUAGGUUGAACCUGUUUGCACACUCACAGUUGGCUGAUAUCACUGAAGUUGGGUCUGUUCAUGGCUCUGCUCGACCUUCUCUCAACAUUGGCCGGACCUCCUACGCUUCUGGUUCCACAGACGAUGAAUACCUUAACAGUAGCACGAGUGUGAUGGCUAGGUCACGGCCGGUUGAAGGCAAUACCCUAUUUGGUGGACGCCAAAAGGUUUACAAAAUCCCAAACACGCGAAGCGAGCCGGCUUCGGAGAAUGAAGGAGGGUCGGAAGGAGGAGACAGAGGCAGUGCGCGAAUGGGAGGGAAGCAGCUAUAUCAAAACGAUGUCGGUUCUAUAUUUCAACGGCCCAAGGACGACGACUCGAAAUCUGAACCAGACCUGCGCCCGGAAUCUACGAUGCUAUCUCUACCAUCUCCCAGGCAAACUGAAUCUCCUUCGUUUUUCGUUUCCGAGAAUAGAAACUCUACAUCGACAACCUCAGCAAAUUCUCAGGGUAUUGCUUCUAGACAGGGGUCAGUAACCGCAGAGACUUCAGCAAGAAGCACCCAGAAUCCAACCGGAGUGGGCCUCGAGCGGAAUCCUACCAAAUCGCGGCGAUUGUAUGACCGUGGCUUAGAGCUUCAAAGCCAGCCUUCGGCACUUUCAAGAUUGGAGAGCAUCAGUCGUCAACGAGCUAUCGCAAACGACAACACACAGAUCAACCGGUCGCUUUCUAAAAGUGCCGUUAGCCUUAAUGAAAGGUACCAAAAGCUAUCACCGGUUUAUUCAUCCUCAAGCUUCAGACCCAGCAGCCCUCCGCCGUCAUCAACCUCAUCUGUUGCGGGAAAUUCAGAGCCCAAAAGGCCGUCUCCUGUUAGCACUACGAACCCCCAUCAGGGACACACGGUGGGUUCUCCGCUAAGCCCUCCAGCGAGCGAAACCGAAGAAGGAUACACAUUUGCAGCCGCGGUUCAACCAGAGGACCGUGGUAAAGCCACAGCAACCGGUCUAUUCAACAAGCCAGCCUCGAGAUACGAUGACAGCCAGUUCUCCCAGCGUCAGAUCCAGAUACAUGAGAACAGAAGUAACGUAUCGUUGCAACGCCCAACUCUCCCUCGAGCAGCCUCGGAUCUUGCAGACUCUGGACGGCCAAGGGGCCUGUCUGCCACGAGUCACCAAUCGAAGCCAGAAUCUCCGGGACUACCUAUUGCUAAUAACUCACCACUUUCGACCCCCCACACUACAGAUUUCCGAUCAACCCCUUUGCGCACCGAGAAGGCUCCGCCCUCGCAUUUUCCAAUCAACCCAACAACUUUUCUGGCGGACUUUAGUGGAAGUGAGUCCGGAAGUGAUGCCGAAGAAGAUAUGUCAAAUGCACGAGUCUCGCCCCUAUUCCACCCCCACGAAGGUGUUGGGUCUCCUCUGAGAGUUAGUAUGGAAUCUAGAGAUUCAAUCACUUCUAUCCCAACAACCAAACCUUCUCAUCCUACCCCUGGAGAAUUCAGAUAUUCGGAAUCGCGAGAUUUGAAUACCAUAAGGGAAGACGACAUGGCUCCCGAUACUGCUCCACCCGUCAUAGAACUACCCCCUAAUAGAGAACCAGAGUCUCCUACCCUGGGCCCAACCGGUCUCAGCAGCUUGAUUCGGACACAUCUACGACAAGACAGUGACAAAUCUACGAUAUACCCACCACCUUCUCCAAUUUCAAUGCAUCGCCCUGCAGAGAGGGCACGGCCAGUUAACCCUCAAGUCCAGGAAGCUAGGUCCUCGGACCUUGCGGUAAGCAUUCACAGCAAUCCCUGGGAGUAUGAUGACUGGGCCAGGCCUGCUCCUCAUCCAUUAGAGACAGCUGAACACUUCAGCCAGCCCGAGCCUGAUUUUUCAAGCAUGUCUCAACGUGCUAAACAAAUGCUCGGGCAAGCAACUGCUCUUAGCAACAAGAGCGCCGAGAAUGCAAAUACUUCGAACGGGUUAAGUCACGAACAACAAAACUCAGCACCCCCAGUACCUCCUGUGCCUCCAGUUUCUAACACUACCCGCCCCUCGUGGGAAGAAGAGCUUAAAUAUGGUCACCACCGCGGCGGUAGCACGGAAACACAAAUGGAAAGAGAGGAGUUCGCCAACGAGCUUGCUGAAAGACGACGCAAAGUUCAAGAAAAACUGAAGAAUUUUGCCGAAAACGAGAGCAGGUCGAGGUCGGGCAGUCCAGCACCUGGCUAUCGAUUCCCAGACAACAACAAUCACAGUAACAGCAGCCCCGGUAAGACUGGCAAUGCAUUCGCAAUACUCAAGGCCAAGACGAGCAGAAACCAAAACUACCCAACGAAGCCAGAGGCCCCUUUCUCCAAAUCCACUAGAUUAUUAGGAUUGGAUAAGCCGCAAUUCAACUCGUCUGCUCCUAACUUACAACAGGGCAGUGAAAUGUGGCGAGAAGAUGAGGAAAGGAUGACGAGACGCUUAGGCCAGAAAUCUCGAGCUGAGUCCCCAAACAUGGGAGGAAGCCGGCAUCAUGGAUGGGGACGUCAACCACAGCCCCCACAGUCAACUACACCACAAUCGCGCCGAAGCGAGGAUGAUGCUAGAACUUCUGCUCGAAAUUCUGCCAGGGAUAGUGCUUCGUCAGCCUGGAGGGGUGGGCUCAGAGAUAGAUCCGAUUCAGAUACUUCUGGUCGCUCAAAAAGCCGGCCUAGACAUCGUGAAGAUCUCGGGCCUGUUAGAGAAAGUAUCGAGCAGCCAAGGAAAGGUAGACCAUCAACUGAGGACAAAGCAUCCAGGAGCUCAUCCACUCGACCAUCCACGGAAUCGAAUGACCGUAGAGCGAGGGACCGUUCUGCAUCCACAGGAAGAUACAGGAGUAACUCUAGACCAGUCGCACCAAACCACAUCGACCUGAGAUCUCUUCCCGCUCCGAGCCCUUCACUUCAAACCACCCAUCUCCCUGCCAUGACGAAUUCACCAAGGCCAUCGCCUUCUACCCCAUACUCGGCCAAUGCAACUCCUCCUUUAUAUGAAACUUCGCCUGCAUCGGCAACCCCGACCACUGGAGGAUUUGGUGGCCCGCCCAUGCAAUACCCCCCGCCCCAGCGAAACCCUCCAGGCCCUGGUCCCAGCACCACGCAACAAAGCCUUGGUUCGCAUAAGAGAUUGGUGGACAAGUCCCAAAUAUCUGAGCCUACAUUUGUUUCAACCACUUCCAAUGUUCCCACUAUCGGCUUACCUCCCGGGGCCAGCCUGUCCAAUGGAUCCGCAACUCCACCAAUUCCUCCCAUGAAUCCUAGGAGAAAACGACAAACCACAACACAGACCAUCCUUGGCGCCUUCAAGGGAAGCCCUUCCGCUGAUAGAGGUGAUCAUCUCCACCAUCACCAUCCUCCACCACCCGGUAGCGCUGGUGGGCCUCGCAGGUCGGAGGAGCAUAGUACAUUUUCGGACGAGGAGAAGCGACCUAGACCCCGACAAAGGCUCCGAAAGAUAUCGAGCGAAGGGGGGAAUCUUAACGCUAAGGCUAGGCAUCAGCUAAUGAAUGGGAACUCGCCGGCCAUGCCGCAACCACCAAAGCAAAAUCGGGUAGAUGGCAUGUUUUAA